CUCUCUCCACACUGAAACAACUUUCAAUCUUACAAAUCUGCCGGCACAGAGGUGUAGAAAGCUGCCCCAAACACGACUGCUUCUUGCGAGUAUAUCAUCACCGGGACUCUCGAAGAAUCGAUACCAGUCUUGAUCAACUUCCACAGUGUCUGCCAAGUCCUUCAUUGCUCCAGUUGUCACAGCUCUUAUGCAACAUGGCAACUCUUCAGCUUUCUUUGCAGAUGUGUCCCCAAGUGCAACGUAUGUUAUAGACAAGGAUCGCGGACAAUUAUCUCAAAAUGGAUUUCUAACCCUCUUUUACGAACAUAACCAUGACUCGUUACCUUUAAUGAGAACUACCCGUGACAUCAAAGGGCAAAUUUUACCUAACAAUACACCGUGUUCAUCUCUCUCCACACUGAAACAACUUCCAAUCUUACAAAUCUGCCGGCACAGAGGUGUAGAAAGCUGCCCCAAACACGACUGCUUCUUGCGAGUAUAUCAUCACCGGGACUCUCGAAGAAUCGAUACCAGUCUUGAUCAACUUCCACAGUGUCUGCCAAGUCCUUCAUUGCUCCAGUUGUCACAGCUCUUAUGCAACAUGGCAACUCUUCAGCUUUCUUUGCAGAUGUGUCCCUAAGUGCAACGUAUGUUAUAGACAAGGAUCGCGGACAAUUAUCUCAAAAUGUAAAUAUUUACUUUAUCUAAACAAAUAUUUUAAUAAUCUCAUUUGUUGGUUUUUAAGUCAUAUGGCGACAUCCAGCUCUUUUGGUACAUGGAAAUAAGCGUCUAAAUGCAAUGUUUCAAGCAAGGGGUUAAACUGGAGUAGAACCUUUAACUUACAUCUGCUAGUUUAAGAUACAAUCUAUAUUUGAUAAUAUCUAUCAUCUGUAAAAUAUACCUCAUUGAAAUUAUUACUUAUUUAUUGAAUAAACAUUUCUAAUAUAUUUUUACUUAUUGAAAUACGCAAUAAUACAAAAUACUUUAUCUCUCCCUGCAUGCUGGCCUGUCUCCAGAAUGACAAUGCCAUUUACAUAAU